AUGUUGUGUUUUCGGACCACCGCGGUGCUCGUCAGACAGCUGGCCGGGCUGCACUACACUCACUCCGGCUACAGCAAUCUCCGGUCCAUCGCUGCAUAUGUCCAGGGUCAGAGCCCCGAACCACGGAUCCGAGAAUACUUCUACUACAUUGACCACCAAGGACAGUUGUUUCUGGAUGACACCAAAAUGAAGAAUUUUGUCACCUGUUUCAAAGACAAACAGUUCCUAGUCUUCUUCUUCAGUCGUCUCCGUGUAAACCAGAGCGGACGCUACGAGGAAGACUUCCCCUUCCUGUCGCUAUGUGGGAGAGAGAGGAACUUCCUGAGUUGUGACGAUCGACCGGUGGUCUUCACCCACAUGCUACAAGACUCCACCGGCAAGCAGGACAUGCUGUCAUUCUGCGGCGGUGCAGAGAAGCUGACUAUCCCCUUCCAACCUGAGGCGCUCUAUAUGCAUCCAGCCAACGGACGAGUUUACCAUCCCUGCUCAGAUAGAACCGGCAGCAUUGGGCUGGUGAGGUCUGCCCUGGCUAUCGAGCUCAGCCCUUUCUUCAUCCAUGCUUCAGACGGAAGUCAGGCAGGGCCACCCACACACUUCCUGUGGAAGAAACAGCAGUACAAACUAACCAAUGAGCUGGCAGGAAGCUUUCCCAAAGAAGAGGAUGACUGUGGAGCUGGACGGGACUAA